AACCAUGCUCAUUUACUAUAGCAGCCAUCUUGUCUAAGAUUUAUUUUUAUAAGCUUUUAGCGCCAGAUUCAGGGGGAAGCCACUCUAUUUUACAAAUGGCUGCUGUUUAUAUAGCAAAUCUUGCUCUCAGACACUGCUGUUUAAAGUUAAUUUCUGGCCUAUAUCGAUAUAUUUAGCCAUUGAUUUAGGUGAACACAAAAAAUGGUCAUUGCUAUAGGAUUUGAGGGGAGUGCUAAUAAGCUAGGCAUUGGCAUUGUUAAAGAUGGAGUUGUCUUAUCUAACCCAAGGCAUACAUACAUCACACCACCAGGUCAAGGGUUUCUUCCCAAAGACACAGCUAAACAUCACAGAGAGCAUGCACUUGAUGUUUUGAAACAAGCCUUAGAUGAGGCUAACAUCAAGCCAGAAGAAAUUGAUGUUAUUUGUUAUACUAAAGGUCCUGGUAUGGGUGCUCCAUUAGUAUCAACAGCACUCGUGGCGCGAACAGUUGCCCAGUUGUGGAAUAAACCUAUAGUAGCAGUCAAUCAUUGCAUUGGUCAUAUUGAAAUGGGUCGCUUGAUCACUGGAGCACAAAAUCCCACCGUCCUAUAUGUUAGUGGUGGCAAUACACAGGUAAUUGCUUAUCUAGAAAAGUGCUAUAGAAUAUUUGGAGAAACCAUUGAUAUUGCAGUUGGAAAUUGCCUGGAUAGAUUUGCUAGAGUACUAAAGCUCUCAAAUGAUCCAAGUCCUGGUUACAAUAUUGAACAACUGGCUAAAAAGGGUAAAAAAUUCCUUGAAAUGCCUUAUGCUGUUAAAGGAAUGGAUGUCUCAUUUUCUGGACUUUUAUCUUACAUAGAGGAAAAAGCGCCAGCUCUACUUGAAAGUAAAGAAUAUACACCAGAGGACCUGUGCUUCUCACUACAGGAAACAGUUUUUGCUAUGCUCAUAGAAAUUACAGAACGUGCCAUGGCUCAUUGUGGAUCAGAGGAAGUUUUAAUUGUAGGAGGUGUGGGAUGUAAUAAAAGGUUACAAGAGAUGAUGGCCAUCAUGGCUGAAGAAAGGGGAGCAACUCUGUAUGCUACUGAUGAAAGAUUUUGUAUUGACAACGGUGCCAUGAUAGCUCAGGCAGGGUGGGAGAUGUUCCGGACUGGCAUAGUCACACCUUUAGAGCAGACAACUUGUACACAAAGAUAUAGGACGGAUGAAGUUGAAGUAACAUGGAGGUCCUAGCUUCACUGGGUGUAGCUUCAUAUCAUAUGUAUUUGCCAUCAAACCUCUUCUUUAGCUAUGUCUUGUUUAUGUCAUGAUUGAUGUAUAUACAAUAAAUCUGUCACAUGCCUAUCA